UAAAUUUAAAAUUACAUCUUGUAAAUUCUUGUUUUAAUCGAUGUUUCCAGAAAUACUACGCAUUUAGAAUGUUCCAUGCUAAAUAAGUAGAAAGAAAUAUUGUUUAUUUAGAAUAAGGUUUCACAACAUCUCGGGUUGCAAUGACCGUCAAGAAGUGAAGCCGCACUUGCAAUUUGUACUAAAAUAUAUUUUUCUUAAAAGUUUUAAUUAACUGGGAACAUAGUCAACAUGUCUGGAACUAUAGUAGUGUUAACACCAAAUGGCCGUCGACAAUCAGUUAAAGUGACACCAAAUACAACACUUUUGCAAGUUCUUGAGGAAGCAUGUCAAAAACAAGGUUUCCAAGCUGAACUCUACAAUCUCAAGCACCACAGAAAAGUUUUAGAUGUCACACUCACAGUAAGAUUUGCUGGACUACCAAAUAAUUGUCUUCUUGAACUGAUUGAAGCUGAAACUGCCAGGACUGAAAAAUCAGUUACUGUUGGGGUGCAAUUAGAAGAUGGAAAACGAUUAAUGGACGAUUUUAAUACAUCUGCAACAGUUGAGCAAGUGUUGAAGAGACUUUGUCCAAGUGAAAUCAAUGAAAACACAGUUGUCAUCUACAUGAGGAAUGAAAUCUAUGGUGAAGAAUUGAAUGUAAAAAACCUGAAAGAUUUGGGGAUCACAUCAGGACGGGCGAUGUUACGUUUAAUGCACAGGAAUCCAAAAGAAUUGAAGGUGCAGGCUAAUGUCUCCGCGCCAUUGCCCGCGAAGCCGGUAGAAGAGAAACCUUAUAAACGGCAGUUUCAGCCGGUACAAGAAACGCCUAAACCCUUGCCGAUGCCACAAUCACCAAAAAAUAGCGAUACAAUUGAACCGACCAAUGCUGAUGCGCAAAGUACUAAUCAUAACACUGAUAGUUCUGCAGAGAGUGAAGAUAUGAAGCGGAAACAACCUCUGUUUGUGAAGAAGGAUGUGUUCAGUAUACUGCGAAUGGAGAAGCGGAAACAGACUGACGGACAGAAAAUCAAGAGUCAACCUCGUGUUACACAAGAGGAGAAUACAACGUCUACAAAAACAAAAGAUGAUUUCAUAUUUCUUGGGGAACGCAAUGCAAUGCUCUUUUCUUUUGAAACCGCUCAAGCUGUAAGCAGCGAUGACCUGCCCGAUGAUUUCUUUGAACUGUCCAUCACCGAUGUGAAGAAACUCUUCAGAGAUAUCAAACAACGCCGCAUCGAUCUAGAAAGUGGAAAUUUGAUGACAAGUGCAAUGCGUGAGUUGGAAGCUAAUAAGAAACAACUACGUGCUCUUAAUCAGUACAAGAAAGCUGUGAUUCGUAUCAAGUUUCCUGAUCGCUUUGUACUGCAAGGUGUGUUCAAACCAAGUGAGACUGUAAGGGAUGUAGAAGAGUUUGUUCGGGAGUAUGUUGCCGAUAAAUCGUUGCAAUUCUACCUGUUCACAACUCCGCCGAAGACGAUUCUGGAGAAUUCAAUGAACCUCCUCGAGGCUGAGUGCGUCCCCGGCGCUUUACUGCACUUCGGUUGCGACGACAAACGCGAGAAUUACUUGCGCAGCGACAUCUUGGAUAAAGUCGUGUCGACAACCAGUGCUGCCACCGCGGCGUCCCAAGCAAGAACGGAAAAUGUUAGAGUGCCCCGUGUUGCCGAUGAUGACGAUAUGGAUAUCUCCGAAUAUCUGACACCGGAAACAAACGCGGCGCCCGCGUCGAUUAGUAGUGAUUCAAUGGAUUACGAGCCGCGUGUCGCCCCGCCACCAACCGAAAAGCUACCCAAGUGGUUCAAACCUUCAAAAUAGACCUUCACAAGGUAAAAUUAUUUAAUACUAUGUUGUGUAACAAAAAUAUAAACUUAAAGUUUUCACUUAAA